AUGGGUGGUGAUCAAAGUGAAGGUCAGGGUUCUAAGACCAAUGAGGUUCAGAAAGUUGAGGUCUCUGUUAAGAGCUCAAAAGGUGGUUCUUUUGGUGGAUUCAAGGAAGUACGGGAAGAGGAAAAAGGUCAAAUGGUUGGUAAUGUCUUCAGCAAUGUUGCUUCAAACUAUGAUACAAUGAACAUUUUGAUGAGUGCAGGAUUACACAGAUUAUGGAAGGAUAGAUUGGUUUCAAAACUGAAUCCUUUUCCUGGAAUGAACCAUCUUGACGUGGCUGGUGGAACAGGUGAUGUUGCUUUCAGAAUACUAGACAGUAUAAACAGCAUCAAACGUAGAGCUUUGCUGAAUGUUCUUGAAGAUGAUUUACAGGAAGAAACUAAGGUGUAUGUAUGUGACACCAAUCCCAACAUGUUGAGUGUUGGUAAAAAUCGGGCCUUGCAGAGAGGUCGUGGAGAAGAUAAAUCCCUUCUUUGGGUGGAGGGAGAUGCAGAAGCCCUGAGUUUCGGAGAUAAUACAAUGGAUGGUUACAAAAUUGCAUUUGGGAUCCGGAAUGUCACACACAUAGAGAAAGCACUUUCUGAAGCUUAUAGGGUACUAAAACGGGGAGGAAGGUUCCUGUGCCUUGAACUCAGCCAUGUAGAUGUACCUGUAUUCAAAGACUUUGCAGUAAUCCAUGUCAUUAAUGCUCCUGUAUGCAUUGGUGUACAUGAUUUGGAGACAUUUGCUUCAAUGAUUGCAGAUGCAGGUUUCCAGAAGGUUGAGUAUGAAAAUCUAGUUGGAGGAGUGGUAGCGAUUCAUUCAGGGUUGAAAAUUUAG